CCCAUCGGACCCCUGCAUGACAGCGCCAGCAGGCCCUUUAGUCUGCACGCCUUACCUCUAAACGCUGAUCACACGUUAUCGCAUCCUAAACAUUACCCGGGAUACUACACCGACUCUCCCGACUAAAUGUGUCGUCAUGUCUUUCCGCUCAGCCGGGAGUGUCGCUAAGAACAAGAAGUUUUACAAGGGUUUGCUACCUUCCAAGGACGAAAAAGCGCAGCGUAGCAGUAACCCGCAGAGCCGGCGCGGCGGUGCUCAACCUCAGCCGCAAUCACGGAAGCGGGCCGCAGACGGGCGCUUCGCAGCAGAGCAGCACCAGCACCAGCAGCUAGAGGACCUCGAGGGUUACGUCGAGGAGACUGUCGAGGGUGCUGCCGGGGACCCGGGUGCUGCCGGGGACUCGGGAGCAGCGCUCAGGGACCACACGCGACAGACACGCAGAGACGCAAAACAGUCCCUCGCCCAAAGCCCACAGCUCACGUCGGCUUACCUGCGGGACUACGCGGAUGCUAGUGCUGCUCGUCAGCUGUUGCUGCAGUGCCAAGCAGCAGCAAUCACCGGCCUUGUGGAGGCGCGGGGCAGUGAGUGCCCCGAAUGCUGCGAGCCUUGCAACCUGACGCACAAGGUGCCGGUGGUGGUCGUCACUUGGGAGCAGCCGGUCAUCGUGGCCGUGCCGGUGCUAUGGUGCAAGCGCUGCUGCAAGUUCGUCAGCAUGCAGCCCACCGUUGUGGAUUGCCUGCCGGACACGCCAACAUCGUGGGACCUGACCAAACGGGCGGAGGGGCAGAUGGUGUUGUGGUGGCACGCCACAACACUCCAGCAGUUCUCCCGCCUAUGCUACUCAAGUCGGCAUCAGAGCGCAGACGCAUUUGCAGCUGCCAUGUUGGAGGUAUGGCGGUUGAACAGCGUCUGGCCUCUCAGCGACUCAGCGGCAGCGGCAGCUCCGAAGCUGGGCAGGGACAAGCUAAGAAAGCGCAUGCGCUACGCGCUCAACGCCUACUACCACCUGGAUGGCGUAGUACGUGACUAUCCGGAGGGCUUGGAGGGCUGGCCCGCCGCUGGCGCAGCCAACGCAUGCCCGUGCUGUGGUGAUAGCGCACACGCUGCAGCAUGCGACCGGGGGCUGGGGGCGGCGGCGGCUGCGGCGGCAGCCGCUGUGCCAAGGACUGCUGCCGCCCCUGCUGCAGCGGUGGCGGAGCCAGCUGCGGCACCAGCAGCCGCUGCAGACGUGGUUGCAGCUGGCGCGGAGCAAGGCGGAGACACCGGCAGGGAGGGAGGUUUUGGCCGCCUUGGGGGGCACGCCUAGGGUGGUCAGGAGUGGGACCAGGUUUGCGGGUAUGGUACCAGUGACACCUAGGGCGAUGCACUCGGCGGGUGAGUAGUGGACGGUCCAUCCAGCUUCUUCUAGGAGCUUUUGAGUUCUUGGUGUUGUUGGGACUUCUCUUCUCGUUUAUGUAGGUGUUGGGAGUCAGAGCUGUAUCCUAUUUCAAGGAUAUAGAUUGGUGUGCGGCUGCGGUUGCGGGGCGGCCGAUAGUCUUCGCGUUGUGUCAUUGUAGUGUCAAGGGCGGGGAUGAACUGAUGAAGAGAAUGUCUGGCCGGAGCCUGGCUAUAACCUCUGGGGGUGUGCCAUUACGGAAAAGCCAGGCGGGGGGUCUUUGGCCGGAUGCAUACUCGGGCAGGUCCGCAAGUGGGCCCGCGUCCAUUACCAUGUAGCCCCCGCCAUAGCUUCCUUUGGAGAUGCAUUUAGCCACUCGCUGUACCGCUAUGUUGUGGCGGUUGAUGUAUGCGCCUUUCAUCUGCCGUUGAGAGCACCCUCCAAGGAUAUGCCCUCCUGAGUCGGGUGCCUCGCAAAGGGGGCACAACCCGUUUCCGCCCAGUCCAUAUCGGCGUUUGAGGGCGGCAUUGAAAAGGUAGCCGUAUCUGGCAUAUAGGAUUUGUUUUACCAGCCAGGGGUGGCGGGUGGGGCUGGCCAGAGUUAGGUUGCUUGCUUGAGGGCACGCGCCGUCUGCUGCGGCGGCCCAGUUGUCGAGGACGGCUGUACUGUCUGUGAAUCCAUGUUGUGCCCGCGUGGGUAGUGAGGACAGGACUCCCCUGUUCAGGUCGCUGAUGUAAAAGUUGUCGGAGUUCCGUUUGGGCCACCAGAUGUUAGCCCAGGGCUCGUCAGGUCGCAGGUGCACCGCUUGGCUCAUUGCGCCCGCGUCACGCUACCGGCUACCAGGGCUGCGCCUUUGUCGGCCUCAUCGUUUCCUGCCAGGCCUGUGUGUGAGCGUACCUUCAGGGAUACGACAGGGAGGGAUUCGUCGGCACACUCGUUAAGUUCCUUUACAAUGUCACUGAGUAGGUUUUUGUGUUUGGACAGCGUCAGUUUCAUUGGGUCGCUAAUUGCUCUGCGUAUAAGGUACAGUGAGACCAGCGAGUCACUGGCAAUCACUAGCUUAGUCAGUCCCAGGAGUUGCGCGCGGGGGCGGUAGUGUCUUAGCGCAGCCAGGAUGGCGGAUAGUUCUGCGCGCUGGAUGGUAUUGGUGCUGUUUAGGCCGCCUGGCUCGACGUAGAGUGGUUCGCCCGUUGUUGCUGUCCAGGCGCAGGCGCCAAGCUGGUUCAUUUCGGCACCGUCGUCUCCUACUGCGAUUUUGAUGCACGACCCGUCCGUCCAGAUGACAGUGGCCGCGUCAUAGAGCGGCCGGGAGACGGCCGGGAAGCGGUCCCUGAGGGCGUUCAGAUCCGCUUGGAUGGGCGGGGGGACUGUGCAGGUGGGCGGGGCCGGGGGUGUUGGCGGGGUGCGGCGGUGUGUUGCCUGUCGCGCCCGGGUUUGGGCUCGGUGGCUGUAUGGCCGUGAGGUGGGUUGGUGGCGGUCUCUGGGGAGGGUGAUUCGGCGCGGCCAUCGCGCUACGGCAGCUGUGGUGUGAGUGGGCGUGGCGGUUGAGCCCCGAUGUCUGUAAGGGCGGCUUGGAGGUUGGCAAGGUUGUUGCGGGCCGUGAAGGCCUGCACCCCUGUUGUGUUGGCUACGAGUAGGAGGUCCAACCCGUGUCGUAGGGUGAUGGCCGGGCUAAGGGCGCCUAGCCCCUCGUCUAGGUUGGUCGCGGGUGUGUCGGGCGGGAGGUACGCGAGCGCUAUGUGUGUGACAUGAGGGCUACUGAAGAGGCGGGUGUGGGGGCUCUUGUGGUUGUGCGGGAUGACCAUGAGGGUUAUGGCCGGGUCCCUCUGCCCUUCGAGCAGUUCCGUGGUGGCCACGGCCCAUGCCAGAGCUUUGGUAUACGAGGCGGGGUUGGGGCCGGGGUGGGCGAUGGAGAGGCCGGUGAAAGGAGCAGACAGGGCGUCCGUUGUGGCCCCGAAGAGGGCAUCGGCCGGUUGGGCACUCCAGUAUUGGCAUACACGGUUGGAGCAGUUGAGUGGGGAGGCGAAGCGCUCCAUGAGGGCCGGGUUGGUCUCGCCGGGGUGGGCCGCAGCCAAGGCGUCGAGUAGGGUUGUUUUUAGGCACGUCGGCAGUGAGCGUUCGAGGGCCGGCGCUGUUUUGCAUGUUUUGCCUUUUUCAUCAACAUGGGUGCGGAUGAGUAAUUUGGCAACAUCUUCGGGGAAACCUCCGGGGGAACGGAGAGAUGCGGUUUCGGUUGGGUUACUGGCCAGGGCGUGAUUGUAGCGGGUGUAAAGGGUGUGUAGGGUCCCCAUGGUGAUGCUGGAAAUGUGGCGUCCGUCGGGGCCGUGUAUAUGUGCAAGGGUUUGUGCAUCUGUGUAUGUGUCCGUAAUCUGUAUGGUGUAGGCGCCCGUGGGGUAGAUGUCGUGGUAGGGGUUGCACGGUUUGGUGUUGAUUUGAGUGUUCUGUCUGGUGGUGCGUCGGCGCGCCGCUCCUUCCACGUCUGGUGGAGUCCACCGGCCCUGUCGUUGGGCUGGUGACAGGUGUGAGUCGCGAGGUGGGGGAGGCGUAGGCUCGCGAGGGGGUUUGGAUAGUCGUUGGAGGUGGGCAGCGUGCGCGGCUUGCCAUCCCUGGAGUGUAGGGCAUUUGCUAGCGGGCUCGCUAGUGACGUUCCAGU